GUGCUUCACUCGGAGACCCACCUCAGCCCACGGAGCAGAGCAGGGGGCAGAGCCGGGCCGGGGCGUUCAGAGCUGCCGCGGAGGAGGAAGGACAGCCGGGAAGUGCCACGAUGCAGGUGAAGAAGUACCUGCUGAAGUGCCUGCACAGGCUGCAGAAAGGCCCCGGCUACACGUACAAGGAGCUGCUGGUGUGGUACUGUAACAACACCAACACCCAUGGCCCCAAGCGCAUCAUCUGCGAGGGGCCCAAGAAGCAGGCCAUGUGGCUCAUGCUCACCCUGCUGUUCGCCUCCCUCGUCCUCUGGCAGUGGGGCGUCUUCAUCCAGACCUACCUGAGCUGGGAGGUCAGCGUCUCCCUCUCCGUCGGCUUCAAGGCCAUGGACUUCCCCGCCGUCACCAUCUGCAACGCCAGCCCCUUCCGGUACUCCAAGGUCAAGCACUUGCUGAAGGACCUGGAUGAGCUGAUGGAGGCCGUCCUGGAGAGGAUCGUGGCUUCCGAGCCGAGCCACACCAACGCCACCAAGGCCCUGAACUUCACCAUCUGGAACCACACGCCCCUGGUCCUUAUCGACGAGCGGAACCCCCGGCACCCAGUGGUCCUCGACCUCUUUGCAGACAGUCACAAUGACAGCAGCCCCGUGCCAGGAAGGACCUGCAAUGCCCCAGGGUGCAAAGUAGCCAUGAGACUGUGCUCCGUCAACAGGACCGUGUGCACCUUCCGGAACUUCAGCAGCGUCACCCAGGCCGUGACGGAGUGGUACACCCUGCAGGCCACCAACAUCUUCUCGCAGGUGCCGACCCAGGAGCUGGCGAAGCUGAGCUACACGGGCGAGCAGGUGAUCCUGGCCUGCCUGUUCGGGGCGGAGCCCUGCAGCUACAGGAACUUCACGACCCUCUUCCACCCCGAUUAUGGCAACUGCUACAUCUUCAACUGGGGCAUGACAGAGAAGGCAGUCCCUUCGGCCAACCCCGGAGUCGAGUUCGGCCUGAAGCUGGUCCUGGACAUAAGCCAGGAGGACUACGUGCCCUUCCUCACGUCCACGGCCGGCGCCCGGCUGCUGCUUCACGAGCAGAGGUCGUACCCCUUCGUCAAAGACGAGGGCAUCUACGCCAUGUCUGGGACCGAGACGUCCAUCGGCGUGCUGGUGGACAAGCUGGAGCGCAAAGGCGAGCCCUACAGCCACUGCACCGUGAACGGCUCUGAUGUUCCUGUCCACAACAUCUACAGCGACCACAACACGACCUACUCCAUCCAGGCCUGUAUUCACUCAUGCUUCCAAGACCACAUGAUCCAGAACUGCAGCUGUGGCUACUAUCUGUACCCACUGCCCCAGGGGGCGAGAUACUGCAACGACAAGGACUUCCCGGACUGGGUCUACUGCUACUCGGAGCUGCACAGGAGCUUGGACCAGAGGGAAGCCUGCAUCGGGAUGUGCAAGGAAUCCUGCAAUGACACCCAGUAUAAGAUGACCAUCUCCAUGGCCGAUUGGCCUUCAGAAGCUUCUGAGGACUGGAUUUUCCACGUCUUGUCUCAGGAGCGAGACCAAAGCACCAACAUCACCUUGAGCAGGAAGGGGGUUGUCAAGCUCAAUAUCUACUUCCAAGAAUUCAACUACCGCACCAUUGAGGAGUCAGCAGCCUAUAACGUGAGUCGGGGGGCUCCAAAUGCCUCCAGCCAGCACCCUGGGGGCGACGAGGGUUCCCAGCCCCACAGAGGGAUUAGGGAGGUCCUGAAAGCAGUUCCAAACUGGUCCCCGCCCCCUUCCCAGCCCACCACCCAUCCACCUCCCAGGAGCCAUGAGGCCGAGCUCCAGGCAGGCACUUGGGGCCGACCCCUACCCCCGCCAGGCCCUGAGACCCCUGCUCCCCACAGAUUGUCUGGCUGCUCUCCAACCUGGGCGGCCAGUUUGGCUUCUGGAUGGGGGGCUCGGUGCUGUGCCUCAUCGAGUUUGCUGAGAUCAUCAUCGACUUUGUGUGGAUCACCGUCAUCAAGCUGGUGGCCUUCUCCAAGAGCCUGCGGCAGAAGCGGGCCCAGGCUCGCUACUCCGGCCCGCCACCCACCGUGGCUGAGCUGGUGGAGGCUCACACCAACUUUGCCUUCCAGCCCGACAUGGCCAACCAUGGCCCCGGGCCCGGGGCUGACCCCGACGGGCAGACCCUGCCCAUCCCAGGCACACCACCCCCCAACUAUGACUCCCUGCGCCUGCAGCCGCUGGACAUCAUCGAGUCUGACAGUGAUGGCGAUGCCAUCUAGGCUCGGUCCCUGCCCACACUAGGCAGCCCCACACUAGGACCCGCAAAGGGCCAGGA